AUCUAAUUUACCAAACCAGACGCAAAGAAAAAUUCCAAACUCUCUCUCUCCCUCUUACACAUACCCAUAUCGCAAGCAAAUAGCGAAAGAAAUAUCAAAAUGUCCGACCUGAAUGAUGAUCUACUGAAUUAUGAACUCGGUGAUGACCUGGAUGACCAUGCAUUGUAUGGUGCUGACGAGGACGAACUGCUCCUAUCUGACGAUGACUUGGAAAAGGAUGUAACACAAGAAGAAAAAAGACAAUUAAAAGAAGAAGCUGAAGAAUGGGUUAGCACGCAGACGACAGAUAACACAAAUUCCAAUGGCAAUCCCUCAAAAUCACCGGAGGAGGUGUCUUCAUCGGGAAAUGGCAAAGCACACACACAAGCAGAGAAUGCAAACCCUGUGGCAAUAGCAGCGAGUGAUUCUGACGUGUCAACGAGCGAAGAAUCGCCAGUUAAACAGCAACCACCUGCGAUAUGCGACUUCAAGCAGCCAAUGCAGCAGGCGAUAUCAAUAGCAACAACAACAACAAGCAGCUGCGACGAAGUUGUCACAUCGACGAACUUUGAGGAGCAAUCACAUGCGGAAUAUUCUACGGCAAGUUCGCUGAAUAUACACGCGGCAGAAUUUAUGUUGCCAAGUUCACAAGACAGUUCGAGUGUAGCUGGAACUGAAUUCUCAGAUCCGCGUGAAGACCCGGAGGAAGAGCGAGAAGAACGUACAAAUAUUAAGCAAGCUACUGAGCGGGAAAUGGAAGAGGGCAUCGAUUCUUCUCCAGAUAAACAUCACAACCGCUUUAUGCAUUCCAAACGUGGUCGUGGAGGAAUUGGUGGUGUACCGAUGAUGCGUGGUGGUAUGAUGUAUCCCAAUCAGAGACCAUUGCUGCGAUAUCCUCCUCACGGCAGUGUAAUGGGUCCAGGUGGCGCUGGUGGUGGGUUCCCUCAAUAUCCUCAUCAUCCCAAUGAGAAUAUAAAUCCUCAAUUAAUUCCAGGUCAAUUUUCUGGCCAAAAUCCCUAUGUUCCCGAUCAAAAACCCCUGCGACACACAUAUCCCUUGAACCAACAUCCGGUGCCUGGGCCAAGAAUGGAUUUUCGACAGCCAGGAGGCAGUUAUCGCCUUCCUAAUCCCAAUAUGUAUGGGCAGGUUCCACACAACGAGUAUUCCGGUGGGGCAGUGCCCUCAAAUGGUUUGCCCUAUGUCGGCUCGUUUCCUCCCAACCAGCAUCAGCGCCAAAUGUUUCGGCCAGAGCUGUCGUCCGCAAUGCCUGGGAUCAGACCACCACGCGCGCCGUUGCAUCGACCGCCAGGUAUGAUGAUGCAGGGAAAUCCGAAUUACGGUAACUCCGCUACUGCUCCACCACAAGGUGGAAUACAGCGACAACAAAUGCCCCCACAAUCCCAAUUGCCAACAGCUGCGCCCAUGGCAACAACACAGCCACCUAUUCGCCCCAGUAAAGUGCUUAUUAACCCAAACUUUAAAGGUGGUGUUGAAGCAGCUACAAGCAAAUUCAUUCAGGAGACUCAAUUUAUGCACACUAUAAGUAGUCAUGUGUCGCAUUUACAGAGUGAUCAAGAACUGCUGCGGCAGCAAGAAGAGUUCAUUAACAAAAAUCGGCAGCACAUUGAAAAGCGCCGCAAUGAAAGAUCACCGCCCCCGAGACCACGCAGUCGCAGCCGCGAGAGAAGUCGUAGUCGAGAACGCAGUUACUCGCCACCCAAACGUGAACGCCACAUGGAUCGUGGCAAUAACAGUGGUGGUAACGCUGGGGGGGCAGGAGGUCUAGACAGAGAUCGUGAUCGUCGGGCAGGAAGUCGUGAUAGAUACAAUUCGUUUAACAGAGGAAGAUUUCGUCGCGCCAAUAGUAGAGAUUAUGAAAAUAGAAACUAUGGCAAGAGAAGGAGAAGUGCUUCGCCAAUGCGAAGGCGAGAUCGCGACAGAAGUGAUAUGGAAGAGGACGAGGAGACAAGGGUGUAUCGGCUGGAAAUCGAGAAACAAAAGGCCUUAAGGGAAAAGAUUUUAAAAGACAAAGAAAUGCGUCGACGAAGAGCAGCAGAAGAAAAACACCACGAGGACAAACCCCAAAGUGAUGACAUACCACAAAAGCUCAAGCCUAUUAUAGUGACCGAGAGUAAAAUAAUUUCUUUGAAAAGAAAACAAGCAGAUAUUGAUGCAUCAAAGAAACACGAAUCAUACAGUCAUGGAAACGGUAGCAGCAGUGGUAACAGAAACUCCACAAAAUCAAUACCAACUGCUAAAAUUCUACCCGAAGCCAAAAGAACCCUAUCCGAUCAUAUAUCGGCUAGCCAUGGAAACAGUGGCGGCGGUGGCGGCGGCAGCAUCGGAAGUUCACAUUCAACUGCGACAGCUGUUAUCAAGCCAGUUAUUAAGAAGCCACCAACACCAAGCUCUCAACAGAUUGCUGCCAAGCCAGCGAAGCUGCACGACACACCGUCAGAAGACGAACUUGAUUAUGACGAUAUUGAUUUGUUAAACGAAGAAGAUCGUCUUCUUGCCGAUACGCCAUCUCCCCCACCAUCACCUGGUCCUCCAUCACCAAAACCUUCGGCAAACAAAAACUCCAAAGCUUUUAGUUCGUCAAAUAGAAGAGUCGUAUUGAAAUCCUCUCCAUCAUCGUCGUCCGGUGAGCGCAGAACAGAUGAAGGCCGAGGACGUGGAGGACGCGGAAGAUCCAAAAACAAAGAAUCCAAUGAUGAGAAUUAUCGCAAAGGCAUUUUCGACAGGCUCGAGAGGAAGAUUGGUGUCAGUGAACCAAAUAAACGGAGAAUUCAGCGCAUCGUCAUGAAGAAUUCUUCCGAAGAUUAAACAAAGAAAAAAAAAAAAAAAAAAGGAAAGAUUGCGUUGCAUAUAAAUGUAUUGUUAGCUAUAAUUUUAAUCCCAAAAGCAAGACUAAAGCUCUUUCCUACAUAUAUAUCAAAUUGUAUCUAUUCUUACAAUGCUAAAUAUUUAACAUAUAUACUUGCCUCUUUCUGGAUCUUAUUUGGAUGUCAUUAUUUCUCUGUUGUAACAAUUAUUUAAGACAUUGAUUAUUUUCUUUGACCAGUUUUUUUGUAAUUAUUAUUAUUAAUUUUAUUUUUGUUUGCACUAGUGCGCAUAUUUAUAUGUUUAAACACAAUAUGACUUUUUUUAAACUAUUGUUUGUAAUGCUUUACAUACAAAUAGAUACAGUUAUCUUUUUUUUUUUUUUUGAUGCAACACUUGACUAAAGACAAAUUGUUUCUGAUAAAUCCACCCAGACAUUUUAUUUUUUUUCUUUUUAUUAUUAUUUUUCAAUCCAAAGUUUUGUUUUCCUUUAUGAAUUCCCUUUUUUUAUUUUUUCUAUACUUAUCUUUAUUUUCUAUUAUUUCCCUUAACCCAUCAAACCAUACACAAAAAACUACAAUGUAUUUUGUUGAAAUUUAAGAACAAAAUUAAAUUUCGAGAGAAAUGUUUCGUGUUUGUUACAAUUUUUUUCAUACAUAAUUAUUUCUAUAGACAAAAAUAUGACUUUUUUUAAAUGUUUUUCGUAGUACGUAAGUUUUAUAGUUUUAGUAAACGUUAGUUUUUAAGAGGAAAACACAGUUUACCCCACCAUCCCCCCUAUAAUAAAGAAAAAUUUGACUUUGCUGACAAAAUAUAUAUUUUAUUAUGUAUCAGUACAAAAAAAUGCCUUUGUUUUUUUUUCUUUUUUCUGUACAAUUUGUAUUGUACAUAUAUGUAUUUUAUUUUGUUUUAUUUUAUAUUAUUUUAUUUGAUUUGAUUUGGUUUGUGUUUUUAUCGUCCCAAUCGUAUAUUAUGUAUAUCAAAAAUUUUAAUGGAAACAGGAAAAUGCAUUUUGCAAACUAAGAAAAAAGUGAUUGAAAAUAUUGUUAUUUAAAGAAACAAAAACAAUGAUUGUAAAAAAUUAACAUUUUAGUAACAUAUAGACAUUAUUAUUUGUGUUAAAUAUUAUGAUUUCUUUUUUUAAUAUUUCACUGAACAUAACUUUUGAAAUCAAUUCAAAACAGAAUUUAAAGUCAGAAGUUUCAAAUUGUAGUUUUUUUGUUAUUUAAAGGAAUAAUUAUGUAAACAAAAGAAAAUGAAAAUUAGAGAUCAUAAAUUUCAAGUUAUAUCGCUUUUUAAAAGUACAUUACAAAAAUUAAAAUUGAAGACCAUAAAUUUCAAGUUAUAAAGUUCAUUAAAAGAACAUUACAAAAAUUAAAAAUGCCGAUAAACUAUAAGUAAAUAAUAGCAAACUUUAGAUUUUAACUACAAAAAAAAAAAAAAAUUCAUGUAUGUUUGUAAUUUGUUACCAAUAACAGCCGUGUUUUAUUGGUAAAUGUGUAUGUAGGUUUUCAAAUAUUACGUGGUGAAACACAACAAACGGUUGCUAAGAAUUCGUUUGUUGUGGUUUACAGAGUACAUUUUUAUCUAAACUUACACCUUUCCGACCCUUCAACUACAAAGGAUUUCUAUUGAAAAAGAAUGCAAUAGUUUGUUGUUAAUUACAGCGUAAAAUAUUUGCUAAACUCGGUAAAUACAGUUACCAAAAAAGCACAGUGACUUUACAUUAAAAAAUAAAAAAUGUGAGUAAAAUAUUGAAAAAAAAAAAAUAAAUAAAUAAAACACUAUACUCUGUCCGAUAAAAAUUGGCAGUACAGGGAAGAUAGGGCAUUUGCAUCUCACUCUGCUUCACGCCUUCUGGAUAUGUCUAUCACAUAAAAAAGCUCACACAGCGAUGCCGUAUUAUCCGAAACAAAUGUUUCGAAAAGGUACCAGCGUUACCAUUUUAAAGAAAAAAAAAUUAAUUUUUCGUUUAACACCAAAAUAACAAAACAAAAAAUUCACUCAUUUAAAACACAGCCCGACCCCAAGCAAGGGUAAACUAUUUUUCCUGUUGAAAUGUUAAAAUGCAUGUCAAAAUGUUGACAUUAAUUGUUUUCCUUCAUACACAAAAUAAAAAACAAACAGCCACCAACACCACGACAACAUAAAACGUUUUUUUAAUUUUAAAAGCUUGAAAAAGCAUUAAUCCUGAAAGCUCUUUCAGAAAAAUAAUAGAAAAAGGAGUAGUUUAUGAAGGAAGUUUACCAAUGGUAACUCUUAUGUAUUGUAAAUACUUUUAAUAAAAAAGUUUUAUCAUUGAGUUUCAUUCUGCCACAGAUCGUGUGGCAGAUCGGUCAUAGGAGGGUGUACUUCGCUUAGUAAAGAAAUUACAACAACAAUGCCAUGGCGCGUCUGUGGUUUUCUUGUGUGUUUCAGGGGCAUAUUUUUCGUGAAUUGCUUUUUGGCAGUCGUUAGGUCCCACUGAUUUUGAAAAAGCUCUCCCAUAAGGCCUGUACUGCCAAUUUUUAUCGGACAGAGUAUAGGGAUAUAUUUUUUAGUUAACGAGCAAUUGAAAAAUAUUUUAUAUAAUAUCAAACUGUAUGUGUUUAACCAAAUCAUUUAGAAUCAAUCUGAACCAAUUAAAUUUGAAGUUUUCUAAAAGCAAAAUUUAUCAAUUUUUUGUAAUGUGCAAAAAAUUUGGCAAACUAACUUAAGUUAACAUAUUCCUGGUUUCGUAUGUAUUUUUGUUUGGAAAAGUUUGUACUGAGAUCUUGAGACUUUUAUUGUAACUGAAAAUUCCACGGUUUCUCCCAUUUUUUCUUGUUUUCAAUACGAAUUUAAAAUUUAAAUUUUCUCUCUUAUAAUUUUAACACGUUUUCAACUGUGGUUAAUAUUUUUUUUUUUUCAUUUUUAUUUUUAAAAAUCAUUGUAUGAAUAGGAAAUUGAAUGUUAUGGAUUAACCCUCUGUCGGCACACGGGCAGGACAAAAAUAAAAAAGAACGAUUUUUCAAAAAAGUGGUCACAAAAAAGUCUCUUUAUAAGGGUGAAAAUAUUUUUUUUCGGAAUUGUGAAUACAAUAUUCGAAUUCCUCGGAAUAUUCUAUAUCAAUUUCAUACUUGAUUCUCUAUAAAAUAUUGUGACUGAAAAAAGUUCUAGCGGUAUGAAAAAGUAUAAACCAAAUUCGCACCCGUGUGCCUACCACGUCACAAAAAAGAGGUGUGCCUACAGAGGGUUAAUAUAGAAUUAUAGUUCUUUUUUCUCAUUUCUGAAAAAAAAACAAAA